CUCAUAUGGUAGUAAUAGUAAUUGUUAUACAUUUGUAUAAUUUAAUAUUCAGUUGAUUAAAGGAAAGAAACCACACAUCAAAAAAAAGAAAAGAAACAGUCCAUUUAUUAGUUGGUGAAAAUUUACAACAAAAAAAUCUACUCAUAAUGCAAUGGUUAACUAUGAUUUUUUAUUUCUUUUUAAUGUUCUCAAUUAAUGAUACAUUGGAGUUAGAUGAUACAUUCAAACAUGAUUAUGAUGAUGAUGAUGAUGAUGAUGAUGAUGAUAUUUUUAAUAAUAAUAAUAAUAAUAAUGAAUAUGUCAAAAGACAAUAUCCAUUAACAAUUAAACGAUAUUUAACAAUGACAGCUGAAAAAUAUUUAUGGAAUAAAUUAAUGAAUGAAAUGAAAACUGGUGGUUUACAAAAAUUAAUGCAUCCAAGAAUACCUACUACUUUAAGAUUUGGUUAAAGAAAAGAUGAAAUAAAAAUUAAAUAAAGUUGACAAUAUAUAGUUUGUUUUUUUUUAAUAAUUUAUGAAUUAAUAAAUUUGAAAAGUUCUAUUAUUUAA